AAGCAAGUAAAAAGAUCAGGCUUACAAUUAAUGAGAAACUUACUGAGAAGACAUGCAGAACUUUUAUAUGGCAUCGCGGAAUAAGAUGGGUAAAGGUAAGUAAACCACAUGAUUUGGACUAACAAUGAACAAAAUAAUAUAGUAAUAGAUGAAGGAUAAUGACAUUGCAGGAAAACUGUAGUUGCCAUGGUCUAAGGGUACAGCGUCUCCUAAGUACACUGCGCUUUAGGGUAGCAGCACAGACUGAGCAGUGAGAAAGUCCCUAUUUGCUUUACCAGGUAUUUAAAUAUAAGGUACAAUUUCUCCACCAUCUACUGCCUAGUACUUACAGAUAUUAGUAAGUACAGUGGUACCUCGGUUUACAAACCCUCAAAUUAACAUAACUUUCGGUUUACAAAUGAAAAUCCAUUGAAAAUAAUACUUUGGUUUACAAUUUUUUUUUGCAAUACAAAGCAAGUUUCUCCAGGAUGCAUUGCGCAUGGGAGGUUUAUAGCGCCGCCCCCGUGCAUGCUGGAGCCUGUGGGUAGCACGUGGUGUCGAGUGUCGAGGUGUUGGAGUGGUUUUUGGAUCGAGUUUUGGAGCCAUUCUGGAAUUUUUUUCCAGCAGUUUUGGGACUUUUUUGGUGCAUUUUUCAAGCAGUGGAAAAGUAGUGAGCUAAGCUUUGUCGUUUGCAUGCCUUUUAUUGUGUGUUCUGCAUUGUGGGUUGGUUUCCAUGCCAGCUCAUUUUGACCUUUCUCUGGCCUCCAGAACAGAUUAAUUGGUUUUCAAUGCAUUCCUAUGGGAAACCACGUUUCGGCUUGCAAAUGUUUCGCAAUACAAAACGUCCCAAGGAACGCAUUAAAUUUGUAACUCGAGGUAUCACUGUAAAUAACCAUCUCCCAGACAGAGGGACUCUACAGUUUUUAAUAUUGAAUUGCCAUUACAAUUUGUAGAUUAUGACACAUUCUUUUUGUCAAAUUGUACCUACUUUUUUUUUUGUGGUUAAUUUUAAUAAAAUAUAUGUAAUAAGUAAUAAAUUAACUCAUUAUCAAUGAUUUUGUUAAAAAAAAAUCUAUCUUUGAUAAAUUGAAAUCUAAAUUGCAAAUUGUCAGCAAAAUAAAAAUUUGGAAAAAAUCUCCAGGUCCACUGCAGGCUCUUGGCUAUUUCAGCCUGUGUGUUUGCAGUUGGACGUUCAAGUCACUGUUCAGCAAAUAAACUGCCAUUAGUCAGCCCAACAGAGACUAAAAAGACUUUGGGAUUUUUUUCUUGCUAAACAGUAACAUGUCCUCUGUUAAUAUGUCAUUUUUGUAAUAACCAUGCUGGGAGAUUUUACCAGGCCCUGUUAUUUUAAACCAUUUUACUUUUAUUUCAAUUUCUUCUUAUGCAGUGCGAGACUGGUGUAUGGAGCUAUGCUUGCAUUUUGUAGAAUAUUUAACACCCUGUCCUAAGCUUUCUUUAAUAAAAGUAAUGUUUUAGAUUACUGCUUGAGCAUAUAUAUAUAUAUGACAUUGUCCCUCUAUUGGCUUCUUUUGGAACUAAUUUCUGGAAAUGUCAAAUUUAAAGCCACAAUAGCUAAACUGGAGUAUUUUUCCAGUUCGCUGUAUUAACCUUAAAUCAGAAAAAUCACUUUGAAUUUACUUCAAAUUUUGACUUAAAUAACCAUGUGUAUGUUUUCUUUUUUGCCUACUCAGAAUCCAGCCUGGAUUUUGAUGAAGAUGAUGGCGAUGAUUAUGAAAAUAUGAGUGCUGACAAGGCACCAGCUGUGCCCGUAAGGGAGAAAAAAGAGAACCAGUCGUCCAAUUUGAAGUUUGACCUUCCAUUAAAACGUAACGUAUUUAUUUUGGGUGUGAACCACAUCUAAUGGGAUUGGUCAGUUACAUUUUGGAUUGAUAUUUAACUUGUUAGGAAAGAUACAGUUCUGUAUCAGUGUUAUAAGAGCAAGCAAGGUCUCUUGUAUCAUUUAGACUUUGCACCUCUUCAUUGUCAUUUUUAAACAUGCUAACGGUGUGUUUAUUAUAAUGGUUACAAGUAAGCGUUAAAGUAAUAAAUUAAAUUUGAAAUAUAACCUCACCUUUGUGUUUCUGUGGGUGUUUCUAUGUCAGUUAACACCGCCGGACCCCAAUAAUUGCUUAGAAUCAUCAGAGGUGCUCCAUUUUUUUGUUUUGGUAUAUUUUGCAAUACAGAUAGUGACAACUGCAUGCAUAGCGUAUGUCAUGCUUACUUUUUGUAUUUUGAAAAGCAUAUCAUACAAAAUGUAAAGUAUAUAAAUGUACAUGUAUAAAAUGUAUGAGAAUAACUGUAGCCUUAAAAGUGUACAUCUUUAUAUAUUUUAGGCGUAGCUCUACCUCCUAAGGUGCCCCAAUCAGUAUGUACAGUUUCCAACAAAGGUAAAUAUAUACACUAAGUCUUGCAUUUAGGUUUUGUUCUGCUCUUUGUCUGACUAGGUUCAUGCACAAUUAGAAAACCCUCAUUAGCCGCUCUCCCAAUGUCUGAAUACUUUUUCUUUCCAUGCUCAACCCUAAUAUAGUGAUUUGGAUUUUUUCUCCAUUGCCGGUCAUAUCUCCCUGCAUUCAUUCUUUCGUUCUAUUCAUUCUAUUCAUUCAAUAGUUUGCAACAUGACAGCUUUCACCAAGAGUUGUCUUCUUCUCAGUUUAAAUGUAUGUGCGUAUUGGGGGAUGUGAUAUUUAGCUUUGCCCAUACACUGUCAUUUUCUGCUUUUUUUUUCUGCUUUGGGGAAGUAUCUCUUUACAGUCAUUUCUGUCCCAUUAACCCCUUAAGGACACAACUUUUGGAAUAAAAGGGAAUCAUGACGGAAUAUUUCCGUCACGUGUCCUUAAGGGGUUAAUAGUUAAACUGCCCACACUGAAGACACUUUGUGUCUACGAACACUUUAUUUAUGUGGGAAUUCCAGGCAAGGAAUUCUGAAAGGUGUGUUUGUAUCAUUCCUUCCCAAAUAUGUCCCCAUGUACCAUAUUUCCUUCCCUUCUUUCAUUCCAAGCUAAGUCUCUUUAUAAAACAACCACGUCUCUGUGUCAUUUCUUCCCUACUAGUUAUUCUUAUCUCUCUCCAGGCAUUAUUGAUGGGCAGAACUUAACAUGGGUUGCAGCAUUAUCUUGCAGAGGUUAAAGGAUUCAAAUGUAUUUGUACUCCCAUGUGGAGAGCCAAUUAACAUAGUACCAGGGCCAUUGCAAGAUGGUAAAUCGACCAUGGGCUUUAGGUUAAUAAUACAUUUCAUGGUCCCUCCUACAUAUAAUGACUUAAAGGACCACUCUAGGCACCCAGACCACUUCAGCUUAAUGAAGUGGUCUGGGUGCCAGGUCAAUCUAGGAUUAACCCUUUUUUUUUUUUAUAAACAUUGCAGUUUCAGAGAAACUGCUAUGUUUAUAAAUGGGUUAAUCCAGCCUCUAAAGCCUCUAGUGGCUGUCUCAUUGACAGCCGCUAGAGGCGUUCGCAUGCUUCUCACUGUGAAAAUCACAGUGAGAAGACGCCAGCGUCCAUAGGAAAGCAUUGUAAAUACUUUCCUAUGAGACUGGCUGAAUGUGCGCCCAGUUCCUGCCGCGCAUGUGCAUUCAGCCAAAGAGGAGGAUCGGAGGCGGAGAAGAGGAGGAGAGCUCCCCGUCCGGCGCUGGAAAAAAGGUAAGUUUAACCCCUUCCUCCCCCCUCAGCGCCACGGGAGUGGGACCCGGAGGGUGGGGGCACCCUCAGGGCAUUAUAGUGCCAGGAAAAUGAGUAUGUUUUCCUGGCACUAUAGUGGUCCUUUAAGCUCCUUCUAAAACCAGCCAUAUACCAUGCCCAAAGUGCAACUCUAAACCUUAUGUCCCACCAGCUACUCCACUGCUUGCUACACAAUUUCAGGGGUUCCUAGGGCACGGCAUCUCCCUGGGUGGCAGGUAGGUAUUUGUACACAUGUGUGAUCAUCAGCGAAAUGGCAUACAAAUAUAAAUAAUAUGAUGGUUGAGGUUCCAUAGAACAAAAUUAAUCCAGAUUAUAAACUGUGCUAGAAUGGCGAUUCAACUAAUGAUCCAUAUAUAUUGGCUAUAUAUUUCAGGCCAUCUGCACUAUUAUCUGGGUUUAUCUUGUGCCAUAUUCUGGAUGAAAGGUUUUGUCUGAAUAAUUUGUACCUGCUAGAUUUAGAAGUAUUCACUAUAUAUAAAAUAAUGUUUGCAUGUGAAGGCUUUUAUUUGAAAAGUUGUGCCUUCCAAACUUAUAUAGAAGUGGCUUUUCCACUUAUUAGAAAUUGUGUGCUUUUAUACAAUAAGGCACUCCAUUUUUUACACUAUUUAAUGGUCAAUGUAAUGCUAUUGUACAGGAAUUCUCUACUCAUAAGAUACAUGGGAAAUGUCCCUGUGCCAUCGUGACAGUUCUGGGGGAGCUCAGUUCAUGUUUCUAAUUUUUAAAUUGUUUUAUAGGUUUAUGGCAAAUGUCUAUUGGACUUCAUGAAGACGCCUGUCUGUUUAUCUCACCUUUUAUUUCCUGUAUCUUUAGGGAUGGACAUUCAGGAAACCCCCAGCUUUCAACCGCCAACGUUUGGUGAGUUGUGCUACAGAGAAUAG